AUGUUAGAAGCUGCUGAUUCACUUUUUGAAGAAUUUAAAAAUAAAAAGGAAAUAGUUUCAGCUAUAAACACGUUGCAAUUAUCAGCACGAACUGUUACUAGAAGAAUUGAAGUAAUUGCGGAGAAUUUGGAGGCAGAAUUAGCAAAUGAUAUGAAAAAUUGUAUUUUCUUUUCGUUACAGAUGGAUGAAUCGACAGACGUGACAAAUAUAUCACAAUUAGCAAUUUGCGUGAAGAUGGUAUUUUCUGAUUUUACAACAAAAGAAGAAUUCCUUAAAGUUCUACCAUUAAAGGGAAGCACCAGAGGAGAAGAUAUCUUUUCUACUUUUAAAAAGUAUAUAACAGAUGUAAAAUUACCUGUACAAAAGUUUUCGUCAAUUACAACAGACGGGGCACCAGCGAUGACUGGUAAGAAAAAAGGAUUUAUUGCCUUAUGUAGGCAGGAUUCCUUAUUCCCGAAAUUUAUUUCUUAUCAUUGCCUCAUACAUCAGGAAAUGUUAUGCGCAAAAACAAUCGGUUUUCAACACGUAUUUACGAUAGUAACAAAAAUGAUUAAUUCCAUAAGGUCGGGAGCUAUGCAACACAGAUUGUUUAAAUUACUUUUAGAAGAUGAGGACGUUCAGCUCACAGAUCUUCUUUUACAUACUGAAGUGAGGUGGCUGAACAGAGGUAAAAUACUUGAGCGGUUUAUCAUGCUUUUGCCACAAAUAAAGGAAUUUAUUGCAUCAAGAGGCGAAUUUUACGAGCAAUUAGAAAAUAAGGAUAGGCUAAUCGACCUCUGA